CCACUCUCUGCUUCCGCCCACCAAGUCUGCUUCCGCUUCUGCGGCGUAUCCCCGCCUAACUCGGCGACUGGGGCUGCUCGGGGGAGAACAAUGCAGCGUACUUCCCACACACGACGACUGCCUGCGCAUCAUCGCAUCCUCGGCGGCGCUGGUGGGAUAUCUGUGGCCAGGGCGGGCCACGCACCGAUUCCCGCAAUCUACGCGACUGUCACUACAAGGCGUCGUCCUCGGGUGUGCACGGUAUCCAGGUGGUAUCGCCGAGCCCAGCACUCAACAGCGCGUAGUGCAGAACGCGGCCCCGGAGGCGUCGUGCGCGGCUAGCGGCGACUGCGCCUGCGACUCGACCCAUCGGAAUGCCUCUCCGUGCGACCCAGCUCCCCUAGCGCAGCAUCUGCUGCCUCGGGUGUAGACGUCGUGGAGAUGGCUGAGAGGGUCGUCGUACGACGUAUAUCUGCAUGCGCGACGACGGGGCCAGACGGUCCUUCGCCGAUUUUGCGCGGAUGGGCCGUCUCCUGGCCAAGCUACGAUCUCGCGUCCGCAAGGUCCUCCGGGUCUUUGGUGUUUCGGGUCAUGCACAUCCAUCGGAUGGUUCAGCCUCGACAUCAGACCAUAUAUCGCCCGACACCGCUGAGGCAUCAUAGGCAGUACUAUGGUCAACCUCACUGCCACCGCCCUCCCUCGAGCGUUAUUCGCCAGCGCAGAGCCUCCCUCUGUUGGUCGUCACCCCUUUGAAGAAGAUCACAUGUUUUGCGUUCUGCGAUUCAUUUUGCACAGCUUUCGAUGGGGCCUAUGAUCGAUCUUGCCGUAUCGUCUUUUACACAAUUCGCCUUGAAAGCAGCGUCUACGGGUCAUAUGGACUACGCUAUAUAGAUAUUGGAAGUUUUUUCAACGCAAGCAGAUUGAUCACGUUCCGCAAGGCCGGGGAACGUCGUCUUCCAAUCAUCAAUUUGUGUUGCGUCUGGGCUAUACCUAUCCCGCGAGUAACUGACCUUCACCCAGCCAGGAUAUGAUCAGCGGCAUCAUUCGCAACUGUAUCCUCGUUCAUUCUAUAUCAACAAAUUCUUUGCUGGCUUCUGGGGCGACUCGGACGGUCCAGCAGUGUAUCUUGUGCGAUGUCAAUGAUGAUAAAUCGCAUCCACAGCGGGUAUGCUCCAUGUGCUGCCAUGCAAACGGUCCCUUCUCACCGCCCACGGCAACCACACCCCAGGCCGCGUGCGAGUUCACGCUCAGUCUCACCGUCGCGGGCACUGGACACGCCUAGGUUCUCGUCCGCCUCAUCUGCAUCAACCCGCCCGCCAGCUUCUACUGCUCGCGAUCGCGCCUGCGGGACAUCAUCACGGGCUUGGCUAUACUAGCUCCGCAUGUGGAGGGUCCAAGCUCUCUGAACAUUUUACAAACUAUCCCGUCUGUGGGAUCGCACAACUUUUUGCUCUGACCUUCUGCACGGGGUAUGGAGCACCCAUUGCCUUCGACGCAUUACUCGCUAUCUGGAGGCUUCCGUAUGUCUAGAAGGUCUACAUUCAACGACACGCAGAAUCCAGCGACGGGGAUGAUCUACCCCGCGGGACGCACGACGGGUUUUUGCCGCAUCGCUCGACCUAGCAACCACAAACGACACCCAUCAAUAUUGAAUCACGUUCCUCAAGACCAUCACCCCUCGUCUCUGAAUUCUGUCACGCUCAAUUCGCGUGUACCAGACAACAAUGAAGCUGGAGCGUUCUCCACAGGCUUCCCUACCACCCUCGACGGCUUGUCCUACACUAGCACUCUACAGCACGUCAGAGUGUUUUUGCGCAAUCAAGUUCGCGCAGACUAUGGUAUCCGCCGCUCCCGGUGUGCUCGCCCUGCGCGCGCUCCGCUGAUCGAUCGCUCCGCGUCCCGCAAGGCGCAAAGGUCACCGUGGACGAUGCAAUACUCGGUGCCACACCACGCACGUGGCCCGCCCUCCACAC